GGGCUCUUAGGAGGCGUUGAAGGACGCAGGGCGGUUCGGAGUCCGGCGGAACGCGGGGCGGCCCGGGGUGCGGUGCCGGGGUGCGGUGCCGGGGUGCGGUGCCGGGCCGCUCCCCCCCGGCGCCGCCGCCAGAACAGCCCGCACCGGGAAGCGGCCGCUCACCGGGGCAAGGAAUAUGUAAAGUUAUUCUGUACUUCACGUACAUAAUUGGCUUCCAAUUAAGGGCAAAGUGAUGAUUAAUUUCGCGUGUCCCGGCUUGGUGGCUGGGUUGUUUUUUCAAUGAAAGCGAAACUAGUGCAGCGUGUGUGCAUUUCCUUUAGUUUUGUGUUUUGGUUUGUUCUUUUUGCUUACAGUAGUGUUGUGGUGUGGAAGUGUAGUUUGUAAUUUACAGAUGGAAACAUGCCUGGUCUUCAUAUCUAUGCCAUAGUAGUUUUCUAUUGCUGCUUAUUUCUACAUAGGUAUAUUUGUGCACGUCCGUUUGGGUUUUUUUUUUUGCAGUGACUGCUGAGAAUGUUUGGUUUGUAAUGAGACAAAUGCAUAAUCACUACUUCCUGGUUAAACACAGUUUUGUGAAUGGGAUCUUGUAUGAAAUCUUCCUGAGCUGUGAUUUAUUGUGUGCAAAGUGGAGACCCCAUAUACAUAUUGAGGACCAAGUCGUAGCUGAAAAAAUCCAACCAGCGCUGGUGCAAAGCCCCAGUGGAAGGGCAGUAACUUUUCAGCGUCAUAGUGAGAAGUCUAUUGUGACAUCCUCACAGGGAGACGGCACUCCAUGCACAUGGCAACGGAAAGUCACGUCCAGCAGCGGUAUCGGAACGGGAUUUGUGUAUAUGAACAAUGACCAUAGUUAACAAGACAAAAUCUUCAAAAUCUAAAAAAUCGUCAUCGAGGCGGUCUGACAAAUCUAAGAAACCCCGUACUAAGAAAAUGACAUCACGCACCGCAAAUUUGGGCCGGGUACCACCUGCAGAAGAUCCAAACAAAGUCUCUGUGGACAAAGGACCCGGAGGUGCUAUUUAUUGUAGAUCAUCUCAGAAGUCUAAGCCUUUUGCCCAAAGAGAUCUAGUUGUUAAUGACGGAAUUGCCCCGCCACAAAGGAUUCUUUUUCCACCUGAGAAAAUCUGUAUGGAUUGGCAACAAACGCAAAGUGUCGGAGUCGGGCUGCAGAACCUCGGCAACACGUGUUUCCUGAACUCCACGCUGCAGUGUCUGACCUACACGCCUCCUCUCGCCAAUUACAUGCUCUCGCUGGAGCACACGCAGUCAUGUCACGUAGAAGGAUUUUGUAUGAUGUGCACUAUGGAAACUCACAUUAAUCAGGUCCUGUGUUGCUCUAAUAAUGCCAUCAAACCUACAUCCGUUAUCAAUGGCCUUAAAAGAAUAGGAAAACAUUUCCAUUUUGGCAGUCAAGAGGAUGCACAUGAAUUCUUAUGCUUCACUGUUGAUGCUUUGCAGAAAGCCUGUUUGAAUGGAAGCAACAAAUUAGACAGAUCUUCUCAAGCCACCACACUUAUUUAUCAAAUAUUUGGAGGAUAUCUAAGAUCCCGAGUGAAGUGCUUGAACUGCAAAGCAGUUUCAGAUACGUACGAGCCAUUCCUCGAUAUUACUUUGGACAUAAAGGCAGUUACGUCUGUCACCCGCGCGCUAGAACAGUUUGUGAAACCGGAACAAUUGGAUGGUGAAAAUAGUUACAAGUGCAGCAAGUGUAAAAAGAUGGUUCCGGCGUCAAAGAGGUACACGAUACAUCGUUCUUCCAAUGUUCUCACAAUAUCACUGAAAAGAUUUGCAAAUUUUACAGGUGGAAAGAUCAACAAGGACGUAAAAUAUCCUGAAUAUUUGGAUCUUCGAGCAUAUAUGUCCCAAUCAAUAGGAGAACCACUCAUCUAUGCGUUAUAUGCAGUUCUUGUACAUAGUGGCUUCAACUGCAAUGCAGGACACUAUCUCUGUUUCAUAAAGGCUGGUAACGGACUUUGGUAUAGAAUGAAUGAUGCAUCAGUAGAACUUUCUGAUAUCAAAACAGUUCUCACUCAGCAAGCUUAUGUACUUUUUUAUAUCAGGCGCUACGAUCUGACCCUCGGAGAACGCGCGUUUUAUUUACCAGCUCCGUCUUAUCCCCGUCCGUUCCUCGGUCAGCGGGGGGCUAAUAGUAAACAGGCCGGAUUUAUGGGACCACGACUUCCUCCUCAUAUGAUUAAGAAUUCAAAUCGUUUAAAUGGGAACGGACCCCUGAAAGAGGAUCCGAAUACCGUGGGGGUCACCCUGAAAAGACCGUCCUCCGCUCCGCCCACGGCCUGUGUGCAGAACUGGGCCAUCACCAGGCCCGCGAUGGCCGACCCGUCGAAAAGCCAGAAGAUCACUAUCAGUAUUCACAACAAGUUACCUGCACGUCAGACUGUGUCACAACCCAGCUGUCUUAGCAGCGCUGCGGAGGACGAGGACCCGAGCAAGCCCGCUCCUUCUUCCACCAUCACAAAUUCCUCCGCAGCCGAGUCUACCUCAAACGCAUCUACUGUGUCCGUUGCUACUAACAUUUCCAAGCCAGAAGUUCCCGAUGAAAUGUUUGUUGAGCCAACAGUGAACGGAAAUCCCAACCUGGGCUCGGAUAACGCCGUCCCGUACAGCGCAGAAUCCUCGGGAAAACCUGAGGACUCGAAGGGCUUGUUCAAAAGGAAUUGCAGCCUAAUAUCUUCUAAUGGACUUCUGAUCGGAAAGGUGGUCCGUACAUUGCAGAAUUCCCAUUCUUCCUGUCCCAACACCGAAGAAGAAAGAUGCCCACAAGAUCUGCCAAAAAAUGAUUCAGUAAAUGGUGCUAUUAGUUUAGAUAAGGAAUCUAAAGAAAAUGGACUGAAACUUAAUGAUUCAACUUGCCAAGUCCCACCUGUUAAACCUUCAGAGAUUUUCUUCUCUAAAACAAAUGGACUGCUUGAAACAAUGCCGGUAGCUCUGUCACCAGUUCCUCAAGACAUAAUCUUAGAAUCACUUACCUAUAGCCAGCUGAACAACUUGUCAGAAGAAAUAAGUGUCCCUGGACCUCUGAAGUCUUCUGAGAAUGAUGCUCUUAUGGAAACUGUAGUCAUGGAAGCACUGUUUUCCUAUGAAGAAAACAGGAAAGUUCCUUCUGCCUUUAGGCCUGAGGUUGAGAAUCUUCUCACUCAACCAAACUCUGAAACCACUGCUGCCAAAGAAGAUGUUACUGAAAGUAUUAUACCAAGAGCUGACAACGCGCAUCCCAACAUCAACGGUCAACAUAAGGUUAGAAAAAAAUCCGUGGAUGCAGCAGAUGAAUUCCUUGGUCAGUGUGAGUCUGGAGACCCUCGAGACAAAGACAAACCAAGAAGAUCAAAAGAACCCGAGCUCGUUUCAAAAGAAAAUCCCUUGUACAUCAGGGGGUCUCCUGAGAGCGAAGAGAAAUUAGGGCAAACUUCCUCUAUCAAGUCUGACAUUGAAUGUAGUUCUAAAAAACUUGCAUCUCUAGAUAUUACAGAAAAAUGCCAAGACACAAAGGACAUUUCUAACAACUACGUGGAGGUACCACCUGUCAAUGACUCCUCCAUUACGAAGCUCGAUAAAGUUUUGGAGAGUCAAUUUUCUAGAGGAAAUGAGGGACUGGGUAAUAAAAAAUGUGAAGAAGAUAAACAUAGGAAAAAGUAUAAGAAAAAAAUAUAUGACUCUAAAAAAACUGACAAAGAGCACUACCGGAAGAAGAGAGAGUACUCGGACACCGAAGAGAGGGAGAAGGAGAAGCAAACCCGAGGCAAAGCAGAUGACCAUUCCCACAAGAGGAGGUGCUCUCGCAGCGUGGAAACAAAUAGGCAAAACCGCCAUAAGCAAGAGUAUUGCAAUGAGAGCAAGUACAGAUCUUCCCACAACGAAAGAAACAGUCCAAAUAAUGGCAAAAGCUCAGGAAAAUAUUCUCGUUAUAGAUCCCGAAGCAGAGAAAGAACAGAACAAGAGCGGAAUAGGUAUUAUUAUUCCAAAGGAGAGAGAACUUGGAGCAGAGAAAGAUACUAUCAAGACCAACCGCGGAGAUGGGAAAAAUGCAGAUACUACAACGAUUAUUAUUCGUCUCAUGGAGCGAGAGACGGUAGAGAGAGAAGGUCCUCUUACUGCGAUAAAGACUUUGACAAAUCGAGUCAGGCGUUCAACAGCCGGUCGCACCAGGAUUACCAGGGCAAGAGCCGCUGGGCCCACGGCGCGCUGGCCCGAGGGGACGACGCCCCCCACUGCAGCGGCCACCGGGCAAACCCGUACCACGGCUCAGCACCCCCGCAGCAGCCCCCGAAACACCCCCGGGACAGGCGCGCGCCCGCCCCCCAGGACCUGUGCCGGGAGAAGGAGAAGCCCCGGGCCGGCAAGAGACGGCCCAGCCCCGCGGAGGGCGGCGGCGACACCCAGAGGAAGUGCCGCAGGGUGGAUGACCAAAGAACCAAAAAAUACAAGAAGGUCAAGAAGAAAAAGAAGUCCAAAGAUAAACACCGAGAGAAGGAUGACAAACUCUAUGAUCUGGAUUUCUCUGUGCUCCGCUUUGACAACGACAAUCACAAACACAAGAAAAAGAAGAAAAAGAAGAAACACAUCAGGAAACUGAAAGGCUACUUGGAAUAUUUAGAUCCCCAUUUCCAGAAGAAAACCCGGGAGAAGAAGGAAGACUCCAGUCCUCCGGGCAGUUACUUCCGUGAGCAGUACGGCGGCCAGGGCAGCCAGCAGCCCUGCGAGGGGAGCGCCCGCGCCGGGGAAGGCGAGCGCCGCAGCGCCCUCCCGGCCGAGGGCCCGACAGACGCAGAUCUGCCUUCUGAGCACGCUGAAUUCACAGUCCUUGACCCUGCAGACGACGCUUUGCAAUUUAACACCUGGAGAGUGCGGAGCUCGCUGACGGAAACCUUCACUGCUCCAGCCACAGCGACCACCAAACCCAGCAACCCUCUGCCAUCGACACCUACCGCCUUUUACCACCCAACCCAACAUUACCAGUACUGACCAUCACACUUCACGUUCAUUAUCAAAACAAUUACCAUCAAGACAAAAUCCAGUCAUAAGUGGUGCUUAACAUUUCUGUACAGAAUUUUACCAUGGAAGAACUUUUUUUUAGUUUUUAACUUGAGACUUUCUUUUUUAAAAUAUACUUCUAAUCCAAAAGGGUGGAAACUUUUUACAACUGCUGAACAUUGUAAAUUACCACACAAACAUCUCACCGAUGUGAGAUAAUGCCCUGGAAUAGACCAUCUCAAAUGCUGCUUAAUUACAGACUCAGGUUGACUUUAUGUUAUUCAUGUAACGUUACUCCAAGUUUGACAUCUGGUGCACGAGCAACCAGGAACUAUAAAAACUGCAACUGACAGUCUGUAUAUUUAAUUUAAAGACUUAUUUAAAAUUUCACAAGCUCUCCAAUAACUAGAGUUUUGCAAGAGCUUCAUCUUUUUUCUGUGAUGUCUGACACUAGAAACUAAUCCACUUCACAUUUGAGUUAUAUUCAAGAUCUGAAGAAAAUCGUCUGGUUUUCAACAUUGUGAAACAACGAAUAUGCAGUUCUGAAUGUAUCUCUCAAGACUAUUUGUAUACUCUUCCAUAUGUUUUUAUUACAUUUUCUUAAUAUACUGUCACUUGUCUGAAGUCUCGGUUGUCCGUUUUGUCUCUGAAGUGUCUAGUUACAGACGAAUUCAUACUGUGAUUUUUAUUUUUAUUAUUAAAUGCUAUCAAACUGUGAUGCACUUAUUAUUCACUGGUCCUGCAUCAGGAGAUGAGUGGGGAACCUGUAUUAAAUACAGUUCAUCUGAAUAAUCUGUCUGGUUUAUACAAGCUGUGUUGUUCAGAGAUGUCUAAAGUUUGAUCUUUGUUUUUUUAAAAAAAGCACUUGCCCCACUGUAAAUAUAUAGCAUGUAAGAUUUAUAUAGUAUAUAAAUACAGCAAAGUUAAAAUGGAUUUUUUACUUGAGUUUACUUGAGUUAUUUAACAUGCAAUAUGUCAUGCGCAUUGACAGCUUUCAGAGUGUGAUACUCGAGAUCAGAUCUUCCUUUCGGUGGUAGGUGAGAAGAUGCUGCCGGUGUGACCCGGAAGAUCAGUAACUCGGACUCCAGCUGCCUCGACCAGAGUGCAGAAGGCUUUCUCCUUUGGCGUUAAGCGCUUCCAAAACCCGGCACCAGGUUGGAAGCUCAGCAGUAGCUUUUUACUGUGUGUGUGACACUAAAGAAAGAAAGGAGCAAGGUUAAUGUUUUACUAAAUACUUAAAGUAAUAUUUUGGUACAUGGAGAACAUCAUAAAGCCAAACCAUAAGUGUACCCUGCAUAAUGUUCCUAUGGCAACAGUUAUGUGAAGUUACAUAAAGUAACAUGACAAAGAAACCACA